GAGAAACCGUCGCGUUUCUGGGGCGACGCCUCAGCUGGCGGUUACCAUCACCGCACCAGAAGCCUGCGGACAGGUCACCUCCAAACACCGGCGUCACCAUGGGGGCUGUGCUGGGCGUCUGCUCCCUCGCCAGCUGGGUCCCAUGCCUCUGCAGUGGCGCAUCAUGCUUGCUGUGUAGCUGCUGUCCCAACAGUAAGAACUCCACUGUGACUCGUCUCAUCUAUGCUUUUAUUCUCUUCCUGGGCACGAUUGUGUCCUGCAUCAUGCUGGUAGACGGGAUGGAAGCUCAGCUGAAGAAGAUUCCUGGCUUCUGUGAAGGAGGAUUUCAAAUCAAGAUGACAGACAUAAAGGCAGAUAAAGACUGUGACGUGCUGGUUGGUUACAAAGCUGUUUAUCGGAUCAACUUUGCCUUGGCCAUCUUUUUCUUUACCUUCUUUCUGCUCAUGUUAAAAGUAAGAACAAGUAAAGACCCUAGAGCAGCUGUGCACAAUGGGUUUUGGUUCUUCAAAAUUGCUGCCAUUGUUGGUAUCAUGGUUGGAUCUUUCUACAUUCCUGGGGGCUAUUUCGCCUCAGUCUGGUUUGUUGUUGGCAUGGUAGGGGCUGCAUUGUUCAUCCUCAUCCAACUUGUACUGUUGGUAGACCUGGCUCACUCGUGGAAUGAAUCAUGGGUAAAUCGUAUGGAAGAAGGAAACCCAAGGGUCUGGUAUGCUGCUUUACUGUCGGUCACAAGCUUGUUCUAUGUCCUGUCCAUUGUGUUCGUGGCCUUGCUGUAUACCUACUACACCAAACCAGACGGCUGCACAGAAAACAAGUUCUUCAUCAGUAUUAACUUGAUCCUUUGCGUGGUGAUUUCUGUUAUAUCCAUCCAUCCAAGAAUUCAGGAGCACCAGCCUCGCUCGGGCCUCCUGCAGUCCUCCAUCAUCACCCUGUACACCAUGUACCUCACGUGGUCCGCCAUGUCCAAUGAGCCCGAUCGUUCCUGCAACCCCAGCCUGCUGAGCAUCAUCACCCACACCGUGGCACCCACCUCGGCUCCUGGAAACGCAACCACCAUAGCCCCUACGUCUAUCCCAGCAGCAAAGAGCGGGCACUUUCUGGACCUUGAGAAUGUCUGGGGGCUAAUUAUCUUUGUCUUGUGCCUGUUAUAUUCUAGCAUCCGCAAUUCGACCAAUAGCCAGGUAAACAAGCUGACCCUUUCGGGAAGUGACAGUGUGAUCCUCGGCGAUACCUCUGCCGCUGGAACUGGUGAGGAAGAAGAUGGACAGCCUCGGCGGGCUGUGGACAAUGAGAAAGAGGGCGUCCAGUACAGCUACUCCUUCUUCCACCUGAUGCUCUGCUUGGCUUCCUUGUAUAUCAUGAUGACCCUGACCAGCUGGUACAGCCCUGAUGCAAAUUUCCAGAACGUGACCAGCAAGUGGCCAGCUGUGUGGGUCAAAAUCGCCUCCAGUUGGGUGUGCCUCGUCCUCUAUGUCUGGACCCUUGUGGCACCACUUGUCCUCACCAAUCGGGACUUCAGCUGAACCUGAGGGCCAUGGAUGCCUCUGAAGCUUAUAAAGGUCUCCUUUGCUGAAAACUCAUAUCACUUUUAAGUUUGCUUCAACUAAAAUAUGUAGUGAACGCUUGGCAAAUGUGACUAAUUGCAAGCUUCUAUCCAAGGCAAGACUAACAUGUGCUGUGGAGUCAGAGUGUUGUUCUAUGUUCAUGAUGUUGACUUGUAAGGACAGAGGAUCAAGGGAGGAGUUCUGUGAUGUAAAGUGAAUUGCAGCUGUGCUGUGAAGAGAGUUCUUUAUAAAGAUCUGUAGCUUCCUACAACUUUGGUUUAAGAUGUAAGAAGAAUGUUGGCUGUUGAGGCCAUUGUUAAUAUAUUUCUAUUGCAGUAUUGCUACCUUAAAAAAAACAGUCCACACCAAAUCACGUUGAUAUGACAUCUUGCUCUGUGAGAGGCCUUCCUGGUGUAUGCCAAGCACUCCUCAGAGGGGCAGGGCUCAUGGAUGGGCUUUCUCUCUGGGAGAGUGCUUGCUGAGAUGGUCACCGCUUCUAUGUUGUGAGUUUUUAAAUUUACUUUUUAAAAUACUACAGCAUCGAGGCUGUUUGAUUCAGGUCUGUAGCUUUGCUGGCUAGUUUAAUGUCAAUAAAUGCUUUGUAGAUUUGGUUAAAAUGAAGGUUCACUUGAGAAAACACUGCAGUGUCUGUGUAAUGAUCUUGUUCUGAGUAUGUAAAAAAAAAAGUGAAAUGCAUGUGACUUUAUUAUAUUUGUACUAUAAAGCUAUUUGAUUAAAACAGA